AUGUGUGUGGUUUGCACGGUGUAUGCAGUGUGCACAGUGUAUGCAGUGUGCACGGUGUGCGUGGUGUGCGGGGUUUGCACGGUGUAUGCAGUGUGCACAGUGUAUGCAGUGUGCACGGUGUGCGUGGUGUGCGGGGUUUGCACGGUGUAUGCAGUGUGCACGGUGUGCAUGGUGUGCAGUGUGUGUGGGGUGUGCACGGUGUAUGCAGUGUGCACGGUGUGCACGGUGUGCAUGGUGUGCGGGGUGUGCACGGUGUAUGCAGUGUGCAUGGUGUGUGGGGUGUGCGGGGUGUGCACGGUGUAUGCGGUGUGCACGGUGUGCAUGGUGUGUGGGGUGUGCACGGUGUAUGCAGUGUGCACGGUGUGCACGGUGUGCAUGGUGUGCGUGGUUUGCACGGUGUAUGCAGUGUGCACGGUGUUCACGGUGUGCACGGUGUGCAUGGUUUGCACGGUGUAUGCAGUGUGCACGGUGUUCACGGUGUGCAUGGUGUUCACGGUGUGCGCG